CUCAGGACCUUCCAGCGAAUUCAAAAUGGCGGAUUUUCGGAAAAAUUGUGCUGAGCUAAACAGGAUGUAUCUUAUAUGAAUACUAAAAACUAAUACAGUGAAUAAAUAAACCGUUAGCUGUAUAGUCACAACCGGAGUAGCCAUAAAUAAGGGAUUUGCUCAUUUUAUUCGUUUUUUAAAUCGUUUUAACUUUGCAGCAUUAUCUUUAAGAGUGAGACAUGGCAGAGGAGCGCAGACAGAAGCUGUGUUCGGUGAUCUUGCCUACCGAAUCCAUGAAGGCGAUGGCGGAGUCAGUGGGUGUGGGCUCACUGCAGGAAGACAGUUGUCUGGCCCUUAGUGAAGAGGUUAGCUACAGGAUCAAGGAGAUUGCUCAGGACGCACUGAAGUUUAUGCACCAUGGUAAAAGACGCAAACUUACUACUGGUGACAUUGACCAUGCUCUUAAACUAAAAAAUGUGGAGCCUCUGUAUGGAUUCCAGUCUCAAGAGUUCAUUCCAUUUCGGUUUGCAAGUGGAGGCGGCAGAGAAUUGCACUUCUAUGAAGAAAAGGAAGUGGAUCUUAGUGAUAUCAUCAACACGCCCCUCCCUAGAGUCCCUCUUGAUGUUACGCUCAAAGCUCACUGGUUAAGUAUUGAUGGUGUCCAGCCUGCAAUACCAGAAAACCCACCUCCAGUACCUAAAGAGCAGCAGAAGACAGAUUCCACAGAGCCACUCAAAGCUGUAAAACCUGGACAGGAAGAGGAAGGCUCAAUCCAGACCAAGGGUCAGGGUGCUAGCUCUGCUGAAGUCAAAGGAAAAGAGAAGAUGCGGAUGAAGCCACGUAGCACCCAUGAGCUCUCUGUAGAGCAGCAGCUGUACUAUAAGGAAAUCACAGAAGCUUGUGUGGGAUCAUGUGAAGCCAAAAGAGCGGAAGCCCUGCAGAGCAUAGCCACAGACCCAGGGCUGUACCAGAUGCUGCCACGGUUCAGUACCUUCAUUUCUGAGGGCGUCCGUGUAAAUGUUGUGCAGAAUAACCUGGCUCUGCUGAUAUACUUGAUGAGGAUGGUGAAGGCUUUAAUGGACAAUCCAACUCUAUAUUUAGAGAAAUAUCUCCAUGAGUUGAUCCCAGCGGUGGUGACGUGUAUUGUCAGUAAGCAGCUGUGUCUGAGGCCUGACGUGGACAAUCACUGGGCUCUGCGGGACUUUGCUGCCCGGCUGAUGGCUCAGAGCUGCAAGACGUUCAGUACAACAACUAACAACAUCCAGUCACGUAUUACAAAGACAUUUACUAAGGCAUUGCUGGAUGAUAAGACUCAGUGGACAACUCGUUAUGGCUGCAUUGCUGGACUUGCUGAACUUGGGCAUGACGUGAUAAAGACAUUGAUCAUCCCUCGGCUAACCGUAGAAGGUGCUCGUAUUAAAGCUGUGAUGGACGGGCCAGUGGUGUCCAACAUUGAUAAGAUCGGAGCUGAUCAUGUCCAGAGUCUGUUACUUAAACACUGUGCAAGUGUGGUUGCUAAAACUAGACCACUCCCAGAUAUGGUGGAUCAAUACAAGGCAGAUUAUGGUUAUCUGGGCACCAUGCUCUGUUCACAUGUGGUGAAGGCCCGUGCACAGGCUGCCUUCCAAGCCCAAACUGUUAACAGAACCACACUCACUAUCACACAGCCACGCCCAACUCUGUCAGUGUCUCAGAGUGGAUUGUCAGCAUCAAGUGGGCCACGCACACCGAGCAUUAUUAAAGUACCCAGUUCACUCACCCUUAUGUCCACUCGCCCUGGGACACCUACCCAGCCGUCACCCCCAGCUACCAAAUACAUUGUUAUGGCAACAAGUGCAGGAGCUGCCUCCACACAGCAGGUAAUCUCUCUCAGCUCCUCCCAGUCUGGAUCUCCUGUAACAAGUACAGUCCCUAGCACCCCCACAUCUUUACAGCCACUGGUCAAACUGGAGUCUGGAAACACAGGUGCUCUGAGUGGCUCGCGCCCUCUUCAGAAAUACAUUGUGGUGUCUUUGCCUUCAUCCUCUUCCUCACUGGAGAACAAGGGCUCAAGUGUCCUUCCGUCCUCUACCUCACCUAUCAGUAUGGAGUCGGCUGUCAAGUUGGAACGUUCAGAAUCACCGGCUGCAAACACACAGUCACAUUGAACACAUUGAAACACACACUCACUUUCUCCACCAAGAUACAGAAGAACAAUAAAUGUAGCUUGAGACUCGUAAUAGUGCUUGCACAACACUUUCCGACAAACUGACAUGCAUGCUUAGAAUUAGGAAAGCGAGCAAAUAGCUAUGCACAUUUGGACAAUAAGACUCACUCACAAACAUCAACACUGUGUACACAGAGUGUGUGUGUAUAUGUGUGUGUGUGAUAUAUAUAUAUAUAUAUAUAUAUAUAUAUAUAUAUAUAUAUACGCACACACAAUUAUAUCUAAACAUGAACAAUCAAUCAUGUAUACACACAGAUACAUCUGAAUACUGUUUGUAUAUACGUGUGUACAGAGAAGAUGUUAUGGUGACAGCCAUACACACAUCAAAGAAAAAUAAAGGAUAGAAAUUGAUUGUGAUUUGAAAUUCUAAAAUAGUGGUGUAUGUGAAGAUAGCACAAGUCAGUGUGUUUGAGCUCAGAGCUAUAGCCAUGCUUCAUUAAUGAACAUAAGGAUAUGGUUAUAUUUAUAAUGGGAGAAGGAAUGAUAGAUGUGGAUUGUGU